AUGUUGCUUGUUGCAGGCCCUACGACGCGGACGGAGCACCUGCACCACCACCACGACUGGGGCCCCCACGUGGAGAGCUCCGAGGGGGGCAACGUCAGCGUGCGCGUCGGCCAGACGGCCACCCUCGACUGCCGCGUGCAGCUGCUCCACGACAAGACGGUGUCGUGGGUGCGCCGGCGUCCUGGGUCUGAGGAACUGCAGCUGCUGACGGUGGGCCGGCAGACGUACUCUGGGGACGAGCGGUACGCCGUCAGCUUCCAGUACCCGGACAACUGGAGGCUCACCGUCAAGGACUCCCGACCUGCGGACCAGGGCGACUACGAGUGCCAGGUGUCCACGCACCCGCCUCGCACUGUGCGUUACAACCUCCUCAUCAGGGCUCCCGAGGUGGAGAUUGUGGACGAGCGCGGCCGACCGCUGAGCGACAAGUACUACGAGCCCAACAGCACCAUCCAGCUGUCAUGCGUGGCGCGACGCCGGCAGCCGGUCACCUGGAGGCACGGUGACGUCACCCUCAACUACGGCACACCUAGAGGUGGCAUUAGCGUGCGGACCGACCUGAGCCCUGCAGGCGCCAACAGCUCUCUGCUAGUGGCGCGCAUCGGCAGCGGUGACGCGGGGAACUACACGUGCGCCGUCUCGCCGUCAGAGUUCGCCACCGUCACUGUACACGUUCUCGAUGGCGAGCACCCAGCGGAGUUGCACCUCAGCCUCAGUCCAACGAUGCCAAGCAGGUGGCCCUUGUGCUCGUUGCUGCUGCUUCUGGCUCUGGUCCUGAGGAUGGGCAGCUGAACGCCGACCCGCUGCUGUUGCCGCCUCGGCGGGAACAGUGGGCCGUCACCGCGGGCUCUACACCUCUGGGACACUAACCUGAACAGUACAGUGAGACGUUGUAUUCCAGCAGCUGAGAGGAAACAUAUAUGCUCUUACCGAGAUUGUAUCCGACAACUACUGGUAUAAAUUGACCUCUAGUCUUCAUGACGUCAAAGAAACGGAAAGGAUGUGUUACUUUAGAUUCCACGUUACUGCGAGGAGAGCCACUAGGUGUCGCAGGAUAUAAAAGCUCUUGUGACAACAGUGUGAAUCAGUUUCAUUGGAGAUCUUACCGCCACAUAAGGCUUGCUGAUGUCGAAGUGUCAACAACUCUAAAUCAGUGUGAGUUUAAUCUCUCACCAUAUGGCUACAACUGCUAAUAUGGACUCAAAACUCGGCUCAGUAAAAAAUGUUCCCUAUCGAUUUCGUAGGGGAACUGGUAUCAUACCACACCCAUUAAAGAAAGUAACCAAACGUCAAUUUACUGGGAGUCGUAAUAUAUUGUCUGUAUACUGUAUUUAAAAAGUCUG